UUCCUUAUCCAACAGAGGGAAAAUAUCCACACGCGCACGCACGCACGCACUCAUCCACUUCCGGACACGACUGUGCCAAUCCAACCCUCCGUCCCGAGUUUUAUCGUGCGGCGUGCGCAGAUGUACCAGCGUUCGCAACGCUAAAGGACUAAACAGCGCGACUCUCGCAAAACUUAAUUCAACUUUACCGAGGGGGAGAGCCGUUCGUCCGCCGCGCGCGCACACGGGAGGAUCUCACACUCUCUGCUCGGUUUGAAUGACAAAGGCGAUCCCGUGGGAAAAUCACGCGCUUUCACAAAAUGGAUAAAGGAACGGGACUCCGUCCUGUGAUUCUGAUCGUUGCUCUUGUGUCGUUCUGUGAGGCCCGUGUGGUGAAGGUUCCGGUCGGUCCUCUAGUCCAUGUUGAGGGGCAAGCUGUCUCCAUUCGCUGUGAUGUGUCCAACUACGAGGGAACCCGAGAUCAGGAUUUUGAGUGGGCUUUGGUCCUUGCCGGAGAAAAAUUGCUCUCGCUCGUCUCCACUUUUGACAGUAAUUUUGUGGACCCUUCAGUGAGGGACCGGGUUAACAGUGGUGACAUCAGUUAUAAUAAGCUGGGAGAUGCUGCUAUUGAACUCAAAUUCAAGAAGGUCAGAGCAACAGACAGUGGAUUGUAUCGCUGCAGUACUCCGAGCACUGAUUCAGUCAUCAGCGGGAACUACCAUGCCGAUGUGGAGCUCAAAGUGAUUGGGGACAGUCUGAAGGUGGCUCCAGCCAUCCCCAAGUCAGCGGUGUCUGAGGGAGAAUCAGUGGAACUCCAGUGCAACACGACUCGGGGCUUCACGGAGCACACCUUCCUCUCCGUCACUUGGUCCAUCAGGAAAGGGAGCAACCCCUUGGAGGAAGUCUUGACGUUCGGACCGGAUGAUAAGAUCAAAGUAGGGCUCGGCUACACUCAGCGCUACGCAGAUGGUGGACUUCAGUUGGACCUUCGUGGAGGUGGUUUUUAUGGACUGGUCCUGAAAAGAGCAAAGCCGUCAGACCAAGGGGAGUAUGUUUGUACGGCCCAGGAGUGGGUUAGACAGGGUGAAGAAGGGAAAAACUGGCGCAAGAUUCUGGAGAAGUCUGAAGAAAUGGGAAAGGUGGUUGUCACACCCACAGAGCUGCAAUUCAAGGUGAACCUGACACAAUCUCUGAACCCUCAGUCGACAAGCGAGCCCACUGAACUGCGCUGUAAGGUGUUCGACCUCCUCCACCUCCAAGAUGGCCGCCUGGGCGUGACCUGGUCUUACUCUACAAACGCUCCUGGAGAUGUAUCUCAGAAGAAAAUCACUGUAGCCUCCCUGAAUGAACAAGGAGCACUGAUUGCAGGCAGUCAGUACCAGCAGAGGCUGGACAGUGGGGACAUAGCAGUGACCAGGAGAGAGUCUAACAUCUUCAUUCUGCGAAUGCUUCAGACUCGAGACGCAGACAUGGGUUCUUAUUCCUGUGUGGUCACAGCAUGGAAGCCUGCUCAGCAGAGCGGAUGGGAAAAAAAAGCAAAGGAGGUCCAGUCAGCGCCUGUCACUGUUCAGUGGACACCAAAAAUUCCAGUUUUGCAAGUUGUAGCCCAUCGUGUGAGAGAAGCCUCGACAGGAGGAUCCACAUUUGAGAUGAGCUGUCUGGUGACUGGUCAGAGCCUGAAGAAUCCCGGCUACUCUGUGCUCAUCCGCUUUGAGGAGACCUUGGGAGGAAAGUCCCAUAAAGUGUUGUCACUUAACCAGGACUCAGUCUUGCAGUUAGAGGAGUGGAGCGAGCCGAGCCGCAUCGACAGCGUGGUUCUGGAGAAGACCGGGCAGCUCGAGUACCGCUUCCGCUUGUAUGGGGCCCAAGUCACAGAUCGUGGGUUCUACUAUUGUGAUGUCACAGCCUGGACACGGGAUCAGAGCCAAGACUGGAUCAAAGCCGUCAGUGCGGAGUCCAACAAGAUUGAGAUCACUUUUGUACACACAGGCCCAGUGUUCAACAUAUCCAUUCAUUCAGACGCAAACAAUGUGUUGCCGGGGGACACAGUCCAAAUGAAGUGCAUCGUAUCCAUCCUGGAAGCGUCACCGAACACUGGUGAUAUGGCAUUUGAUGUACGCUGGUUCCAGAACACACACCAGGCUUUAGAUAACGGAGUCCAGCCUCUCAUCAGUAUGGACCGCUGGGGAGUGGUAAAGAAGACCGGCUCCAAUGACACCAGUCUGGAGCGCACUGACCGACACACGUUUGUCCUGAGCUUGCACAAGAUUCAGGAUAGAGAUGUGGGAGAAUACUACUGUACCGCCACACCUUGGCUCCUGUCUCCUGCUACUGGUGCCUGGAACAAGGAGAAGGACCUAGCCUCGGCUUCAACAUUUCUAUCAGUCAAAACAGAAUUGUGGGAAUCCUUGAAGAUGCCAGUGGGAUACGGCUUGGCUGCUGCUGUGAUCGCCGGUGUUCUCUCUGUGCUGCUGGGUCUUGCUGUUGCUCACUGCUGUUUCUCCAGGAACCCCAUACACACGCCCCGUCCCCGUAACAAGCUUAUUGACCUAGAGAUGGAUUAAACCAGUCCCCUUUUGCACUGCUGUGAUCCUGCCCAAACCACUUCGACCGACUUGAUGUAUUAUGCUUUGGGACAGAAUAUGGAUAUGUACAUUGUUUAAUAAGAGAUGGAGAACCUGACUAUGUGCACUCUGAGGAUUGAGCCACUCCAAUUGACAGCUCCAUAUUCCCACUUGGGAUGCAAUAAUACACUUAUUAUUCUCAGGAAUAGAGCCCUGACGGCCACAUCCAAUGUUUAUUUGUUUUGUUUUUUUCCCCUGACUGCUGAUGGGAUGAGAGCACCAGGAAUGAAAAAUUUUGUUGAGUGCAAAUUUGGAGCUGCACAAUGGCCCAAACCAGCAAUGUUACAGUUUUUACGGCUGAUUAUGAUGAUUUUAUAGCAUUUAAUAGAAAGGACUCUAAAGAGCCAAGAACUUGUCUGUUGUGAGUGUGGCACAAACUCCAAUUUUAGAUUGACCUUUUAAACCGCUGCAGUCCCAGAGGCUUUGAUUGUCACAUCGUCGGCGGACAUCCGCCGUGCCCCCCACCCUGCCUGCCUGUCAGAGUUAUGCUCGCAACAGUAGGGAACCUAAUAUGACUGACCACAGGCAAAAGGAUAUAUGGCUGAUGGAUGAGUGCUUCAAGGCUGCACCGCAUCAUUCUCAGAUCCAGAAGUGACCACUCGAGGGAACGGACCAAACAGGCUGUCAGUCCGUGGCUUGGCUUUAAGCGGCCUGCUUUAAAGAUCGCUUGUCAGGCAUUUCAAAGGCCCUGAUAACUGAUAUCCACACUGUUGGCAUUAACUCAUUCCUCACUCUUUUUGCUGGUUCCAGUUUCCCAAACCUGCAUUUUUGUCAGAAAGCACUCAUUAUACUGACACAACUGACCCGCACUGACGUUAUUAUUGUAGAUCUUUUGUACAAAUGCUCUCUUUAUCCACAACGUGGUCAGAUAAGUAUUUCUGAGAAGGGAAACUGUUGUUAUGAGCGUUUUACUGUAUCUCAGAGUGAGAGAGCUAUGCAGAGCCUCAUUUAUAGACAAAUGUCAAAAGGAAUUUCACCAAGAUGUUUUAUUGUAGUUCAUUUAUGGAUAUUAUUAAAUGGAUGUUUUUUUUCAAAGAA